AUGCAAAUAAAUAGAGGCAGGAAUUCGAAGAUAAAAUCAAAUCUCAGCAAGACUAGAUCGAAAAACAGGAAGAAGAGAUCUGGGGUCAUAAGGAGUAUGUGGAGUCACUUGCUGCGAAAAUCAAUGGAGGCAGCACUUAGUUUCAGGAAACACGUCAGCUGUGGUGAUGCACUUCGAGUCUCCACCGGCAGCUUAUGGAUGCUUAGAUUAACUUUUGUUGGGCAGGGCUGA